ACCUACCUAUCCACACAUCACACACAUCCAACACCAUGUCCGAACACAACUACAAGUUCAACAUCGCCAUGAGCUGCGGUGGCUGCUCCGGUGCCGUUGAGCGCGUGCUCAAGAAGCUCGAUGGCGUCAAGUCUUACAACGUCUCCCUCGAGACUCAGACCGCUGAUAUCGUCGCCGAAGACUCGCUCUCCUACGAAACCGUCCUCGAGAAGAUCAAGAAGACCGGCAAAACCGUCAAGUCUGGCGAGGCCGAUGGCUCUCCCAGGGAUGUCUAAGGAUCACAAAUGAGUUUGAGCAACCUCUUUACGGCAUAUUAUGAUUUUGGCAGUAAGCAAUGGAUACCACCUUUCGUAGCAGCUGAGCCUCUUGCUCCGCUACAAUAUCUCGCAUCUGAUUGGUGCAGAUCACAUAGAGACGGUGUUUUGACACCAUCAAUCAAAGGAUACCCCUUCUCAACAUCUACAAACAUGCUGCAGAACGAAUAGUGAAGUCUUUGGCAGCAGAUGUAAGAAUCUAGCAAAGAAGCAGGCAUGAGCAAGAUUCCAGCUGCAUUGCAGAAUCUUGCAAUUUGCUGAGCAUGUUUGUAUGCGGCUUCCACAAUCGUCCACGUGCUGCGCUUUGCUUUCGCGCUCGCGGCUUGCCGGUGUUCAACCUCGAGAGCGCCUGCCCUCUUUGGCUUCCGGCGCAUUCUCGCUCAAGA